GCUAUGUGGGUUUUCUAACCAAGACACACAGAGCAGCAGAGGGAGCUAGCUAACUAGAGAGCAAAGGAGCAACAAAAAAUAGUGAGAAAAGCACAAGAUGAGUAGGGAAGCAAAUGAGAUUAGCUCAGCUCCUAUAACACCAAGGCCAGCAACUGUGGCACCAAAUCCUUCAGUGGCACCACAGGCACAAGUGUCUUGUCCUCCUUCUCAGUACAACUCACCAUCUUUGUCCAGAUCACCCCUUCUUGAUGGAGCCUCAGACCAGCAACCUGGAGCUGAAGGUGCAGUUGUGGCUAAGGCCCCCAAGACCCCUUUGGCAAUUAGAACCCCAAGGAUGUCUUUGACCCCAAGGUUCAUCACUCCUUUGGGUAGCCCUGUGAGGAAGGCUCUCAAGAUGACCAGGCUUGACCCUCAGGAUGCUUGGCUUCCCAUCACUGAGUCUAGAAAUGGCAACAAGUACUAUGCUGCUUUUCACACACUGUGUUCUGGGAUUGGUAUCCAGGCUUUGGUGCUUCCUGUGGCUUUCACAGUUCUUGGAUGGGCAUGGGGUAUAAUUCUGUUGACUCUAGGAUUCAUAUGGCAGCUUUACACUCUAUGGCUACUGGUUCAUCUCCAUGAGAAUGUAGAAACUGGGAUGCGUUACAGCAGAUACAUGCAACUGUUUAGUCUCACCUAUGGUGACAAAAUUGCAAAUUGGCUAGGCCUGUUCCCAAUCAUGUAUCUGUCUGGUGGAACCUGUGUGGCUCUGAUAGUCAUUGGUGGAUCAACUUCCAAGCUCUUCUACGAAAUUGUGUGCCCUACAUGCACUUCCAAGCCAUUAACAACAGUUGAGUGGUACUUGGUUUUUACAUGUGCAGCUGUGGUGCUGUCUCUGCUGCCUAACUUGAACUCCAUAGCUGGUGUCUCAUUGAUUGGUGCUAUCACUGCAAUUGGGUAUUGUACCUUGAUUUGGGUGACCUCUGUAGCAGAAGGGAGGCUUCCUGGUGUUUCUUAUGAUCCUAUUAGAGCUGACACUCAGAUUGCAAGGGUGUUUGGUGUGCUAAAUGCAAUUGGGAUCAUUGCUUUUGCCUUCAGAGGCCACAAUCUUAUCCUUGAGAUUCAGGCCACCAUGCCUUCCAGUGAGAAACAUCCCUCACAUGUGCCAAUGUGGAGAGGAGUUAAAGUGUCCUACACACUCAUUGCAGUAUGCUUGUUUCCCCUUGCAAUUGGAGGCUACUGGGCCUAUGGUCACUUGAUACCAGCAGAUGGAGGGAUGCUUCCAGCUCUUUACGAAUACCAUUCAAAAGAUGUGUCACAAUCCAUUUUGGGGCUCACAAGCUUGUUUGUGGUGAUAAAUGCAGCGUGCUCAUUCCAAAUCUAUGGCAUGCCAAUGUUUGAUGACACAGAGUCAAAAUACACUAGCAGAAUGAAGAAGCCAGUGCCAUGGUGGCUGAGGUGCAUUUCUAGGGCCAUGUUUGGCUUUGGGGUCUUCUUUUUUGCCGUGGCAAUUCCAUUUUUGGGAAGUGUGGCUGGUUUGAUUGGAGGCAUAUCACUGCCUGUGACAUUCGCAUACCCUUGCUUCAUGUGGAUCAAGAUUCACAAGCCUAAGAAGUAUAGCCCAAUGUGGUGUCUCAAUUAUUCUCUUGGGGUUUUGGGGAUGAUUCUGAGUGGCUUCAUGAUUGCAGCUGGUUUGUAUGUUGUCAUCGAUACUGGUAUUAAAGUCCAAUUCUUCAAGCCUCACUAAUGAGGCAAUUACCACCAAAAAAAGGAAACUUUGGGGGAGUAAUCUGAGGAUAAGGGUGAAUUUUACACUUAUUAAUUUGUUUUAUUGUUCUUUUGUGAAGAAAAAAAAAAUGGUGUUUACAGUUGUAGUUUGCUGCCUGCUUUGCUGCUGCUGAGUUUCAAAGGAAAAGAUAACACAAUUAUAUAUAUAAUCUCUUUUGUUCUUUUUGGGCUUGGAAAUGUUGUAGUUGACAUUCUAGAAUCUUUAGGUGUGUGUAAUAUCAGUUUAAGUAAAAUCUUCAUGUUGAAGCUUCAUAUA